AUGUCUCCGUCUGCAAUUGCUCAACAUUACCGGGUGGCGAUCGUUGGUGGUGGGAUCGCUGGGUUGACACUGGCCUUGGCACUCGAAAAGCAAGAUGUCGACUAUAUUCUCUUCGAGUCUCAAGAUUCCUUAACUCCUGACAGGGGUGCAAGUGUUGGUCUGCAACCAAAUGGCUUGCGCAUUCUCGAUCAACUUGGGUUGAUCGACGAGAUCGAGAAACACACUGGAACUCUACAGCGUUGGCGCCAUCUAGAUGGCGAAGGAGAGCUGAUUUCAGAGAUCAAGGCUUUAGGCUACUACAGGUCUCAGAUCGGAUAUGGUCCUCUUUUUUUGGAACGUCGCAAACUCCUCGAGAUUAUGGCGGAAGAAUUGAAAAGCAAGGACGCCACCAAAACAGGCAUCCGUGUCUUGUCGGUGGAAGAAUCUCCGGAACUUGUCACGAUAGGCCUUAGCAAUGGCUCUUGUAUCACAGCUGAUAUUGUGAUUGGAGCUGAUGGCGUGCGCAGCUGCGUCCGCGAUGCCAUUGAUGUUGCCCAGCCGAAGCCAUUCCAGGCAGAUGAGUACAUCACAACUCAGUUUGCUUGUGUCUAUGGUAUUUCGACUCCUAUCGACGGCAUUUCAGAAGGCGACUGCUUCUCUAUCUACCGACCCGGCGCUACGAUUCUCAUCUUCACUGGUCAGGCCGGUGCUAUCUUCUGGUUUGUUUUUGAAGAUUUGGGUCAUACUUAUAGUUUAUCCACGACGCCUCGGUAUACUAGUGAUGAUAUUGAUGAGGUUUGUAAUUCAAUCGCGCAUUUACGCAUCACUCCUGCAGUUUGCUUUGGUGAUGUAUAUGCCAAAAGGUCAGUGGCCAUGAAGGUUCCUCUGGAAGAGGGUUUGGCCCCAUCAUGGCACACUAACCGCAUGGUCAUUGUCGGUGAUGCUGCGCACAAGAUGGCUCCGACGGCCGCGAUGGGUGCCAAUCAAGCAAUUGAGUCAUCGGCAACCCUGCUCAACGAGCUCCAGGAAACGUUUUUCAAGUCAAACGAUGGAUUCCUACCACAGGGGCUUCUCACAGCUGCCUUUGAACGGUAUACUGAGAGCCGCAAGCCACGUGCUGGUGGUAUUGCCCGAAAAGCAGGUAUUAUAUGCAGAGCCCAACUUUUGCAUGAUGGCCCCUCUGCAGCUGUGCGGGAUGAGCUACCUUCCUUGACUGAUGGGGACUGGCUAUUCCGUGGGUUCAUGGGAUUGGCAGAUUCACCAGUGAUUGCAGUGUUACCGCUGUCAUCACGGGGAGAGUUCUUCGGACAAGCAGUGGAGCAGUUCUGGAAUCGAGUUCGAGCUCGGCAAAAUUCGGGGUUGAAUAUGACCAACUCGGAUUUAUUCGGCAUUGAAGGUUGA